AUGGUACGGCGUGGUUUGGCAAUUUGUGCUCCCCCAAAGACCGCCGGAAAGGGCGGAAAAAAGGAUGCAAAGCCGACGAAGAAGCCCACCGCCAAGAAGGAAGGAGGUGGUGGGAAGGCCAAGAAGAAGAAGUGGUCUAAGGGAAAAGUUAGGGACAAGCUGAACAACAUGUGCCUCUUUGACAAGGCGACAUAUGAUAAGUUCAUGAAGGAGGCUCCAACUUACAAGCCCAUCACCCCAUCUGAAGUGUCCGUGCGCCUGAAGAUUCGUGUAUCGCUCGCUCGCGCAGCACUGAAUGAGAUGAGGAAACAAGGCCUUAUCAAAGUCGUCACAGGUCAUCAUUCCCAGAUGACAUAUGCCAGAGUCACAAAGGCAGAAUGA